AUGAGCUGUGUCUUUCUAUCCAUAGCUGUUAAGGUUGCUGAGACCAUGUUUGAAGAUGGUAGCCUCCUCUUCUUCAUUCCAUUGUUUGUUAUCUACAUAUUCAUUGUCAUUGGGAAUCUUAUUGUAUUUUUUGCAGUCAGGGUGGAUACCCGUCUCCACAACCCCAUGUAUAAUUUUAUCAGCAUUUUCUCAUUUCUGGAGAUCUGGUACACAACUGCCACAAUUCCUAAGAUGCUCUCCAUCCUCAUCAGCAGGCAGAGGACCAUCUCCAUGAUUGGCUGCCUCUUGCAGAUGUACUUCUUCCAUUCACUGGGAAAUUCAGAGGGGAUUUUGUUGACCACCAUGGCCAUUGAUAGGUACGUUGCCAUCUGUAACCCUCUCCGCUACCCAACCAUCAUGACCUCCAGGCUCUGUGUUCAGCUCUCUGCGGGGUCCUGCAUCUUUGGCUUUCUUGUGUUGCUCCCAGAGAUUGCAUGGAUUUCCACACUGCCCUUCUGUGGACCCAACCAAAUCCACCAGAUCUUCUGUGAUUUUGAACCUGUGCUGCGCUUGGCCUGUACAGACACGUCCAUGAUUCUGAUUGAGGAUGUGAUCCAUGCUGUGGCCAUUGUAUUCUCUGUCCUGAUUAUUGCCCUUUCUUAUAUCAGAAUCAUCACUGUAAUCCUGAGGAUUCCCUCUGUUGAAGGCCGCCAGAAGGCCUUUUCUACCUGUGCCGCCCAUCUUGGUGUCUUUCUGAUGUUCUAUGGCAGUGUAUCCCUCAUGUACCUGCGUUUCUCUGCCACUUUCCCACCGAUUUUGGACACAGCUAUUGCACUGAUGUUUGCAGUUCUUGCUCCCUUUUUCAACCCUAUCAUCUAUAGCUUUAGAAAUGAAGACAUGAAGAUUGCAAUUAAAAAGCUCUUCUGCCCUCAGAAGAUGGUUAAUUUAUCUGUAGAUUAA